AUGUUGGCACCACAUUAUAACGAGUAUAUAAUUUUUUUUUCACGAAUAUUGGCUAUCCUAUUUCGCCGUGUAUAUUUAUUAAAUAAUAUAAUUGAUGUUGCUAACAUCCCAGCCAAAUUUCCAAACGAUAUAAAUAUAUUUUCUGCACACAAUUUGCUUUUUGUUAUCACUUUGGAAUCCAAUGGCACUAAUCCGGAAACUCAGUUGGCAAAUAAUUUGGUAUUAUACCAAUAUUCUCCCAUACAUGGCAUCAAAGAAAUUGGGAGAAUGCAAAUUCAAGGAGGAAUCAAAUCAGCAGUUCAUACUUUUAAAAAAAGCAUUUACAUAAUAACGGCUGAACAUGAAGCCCAAAAUUCUUUCGAUACUUUCAAAGGCUCUACCCUAUAUAAAAUGACGGAGUUGCGAGGAAGAAUUAUAUUGGAAAAAAUUCAAAUAUUAAACGUAAUCGAACCAAAUGAUGUACAAUUUUGGGAACAUCAAGAUAACGCAAAUAUUAUUAAAACUCACGGAGCUCAAAAUAUUGCACAUUUUAAUUUUGAAAACAGUAAACUAAAAAAAGAUGAUCAUUUUUUGGCAGUAGCAAAUUACAUAGGAAAAAAUAAAAACGGAGCUUUGACAUCUAAUUUAGAAUCAAUCAUAUACAAAUUUAACGGAAAAUUUUUUAUUCCUUUUCAAAGUUUUAGACUCCUCGCAGCAACAAAAUGGCUGCCGAUAAAGGGAUCGAAAGGAGAGUUUCUGCUUUUAGUGGUUUAUGCACAUGGUUUGAAAGGAUAUCAAUAUGACGGUUGGAGGUUUUCUCAAGUUUCACUCCAAUUCGGACAAAGUCUUAUUGGAACCAACAUACAAUCCAUGAGAGCUUUUCAAUAUCUUGAAGAUAUUUUUUUAACAACGGCCGACAAAAACAGCUUCGGUGAAAACGUUAAUCUAUGGAAACUUAUAUUUUCGAAAAAAAACGAUUUCGAAGAAAUAUAUAGAGAAACGGAGAUUUGGUGCGAAAACAUGAAAUUAAAAAUGCUAGAAGACAAUUUUACGAGCACAGCAGAAGAAGUUAAAUGGGAAAUACAAAAAACUGGAGACGUAGAAAACCUUCGAAUUUUGGAUUUAAAAGAGGAAGAACCAGAAAAUAAAAUACGAAAUGAAAUAAAUAUUUUAAUGAAUUAUACCGAGAAAAUAAAUGAUGCUUUCGAAGAAAAUUCAGAGAAAAUCGAAAAUGACGGAAGCGAAGAAAAUAUAUUUGUAAUAUUAGGUUCUAAAAAUAUCAGCAACGUUGAACUUCAAUGUGCCACCGAGCAUUGCGUAACAUUCAAAAAUUUGAAAAUAGUCAAUGCAAAUCAAGAAAAUUUUUCUGAUUUUCUUUCAAACAUUCUAUUUAUAAAUAAAGAUAUAACUGAAAGAGACAUCGAUUUUGAAAAUUUAAACAUUUCGAAAAAUUUGUUUUCAAAUUUUGUCAAUGAACAUGAAGCAGAAACUUUAGUCGACGUCACGUCAGAAACUUUUGUUAAUUCAGAAUUGAUGGUUAAUGGCACCGUUUUUAUUAAUAACGAUUUAACUGUUUACGGGAUGAUUGACGGUAUUCAACCAGAUCGAAAGAAUUUCCUUCUAUACGAUGGAGAUCAAUCAAUCGAUGGUAAAUUAAUUGUAAAGGCAUUAAGGGUAAAAAAUUUAAAAUUAUUCGGAACAAUAAACCGACACAACAUCACAGAUUUGCUACGACAACAAAAGGUAGAAUUACAAACCAAUUACGAAGAAUUAAAUGUUAAUAAUUUAAUUAUUGAAGGAUUAAUUAACGGUCAUAAUAUCACUCACAUUUUAAAUGACGCUAUUACUACUUCGGGAAAUCAAAAUUUUCAAGGAAGUUUACAGUCUUCAACGAUAGAAGCAAAUGAAAUAAUUAUUGAAGACGAACUAAUUAAUAAUAUGACGGUGAAAGAAUUUAUUAUUUCCAACUUUUGUAAAAAAAACCUGAAAAAUAAAAAUUCUGAAUUAAUUUCAAAUGUUCAAUUAGAUAGAAAUUCUAAAAGUAUUAAAUUAUUAUCAGAAAACAGCAUUAUAAUUGUUGAAAAUGUUUUCAAAGCCAAAGAUAUUGUAGAUAAAAAAAAUCAUUCUUCUCUUUUCAAUAUAAUUAAAAAUGGUUACGAAUUAAAUGAAACAAUUAUUAAUUCACCUCUUAAUUUUUCAACUAUUUCAGAUGAUUUUGUAGUGGAAGAAAUAAAUGAUGAUUCCGUUGAGUCUUGGCUUCUUAAAAAUUCAACCGUUGAACAAACGAUAUUUGAAACUGAAGAUGAAAAUUUUCUAAAUUUUCCACCGCGUAAAUUAAAUCAGCUUAAAAUCAAUGAUGAAACUGUAGCUGACACCUUAAAAGUUGAUUAUUUAUCAGUUUCAGAUGCAAUUGAUGGUAUAAAUUGGGAAAAUUUUAUUAACGAUUCUAUUUUAAAUCCGGUUUCAUUUAUCCCUGGAGAAAAAAUAAUCGAUGGAACUGUUAGAGUUAAAAAUUUAAAUUUAAAGGGCCAAAUCAAUAAUUUAUCACUCAAUGAAAGUGUCAAUUUAAAUUUAAAAAGUUUCGAUUCAAUUGUUUUACACGAAGAUUUGAUUUUAAAGAAUUCUCUUACGGUAGAUGAACUGAAAUUCGAAAUUCCUUUUUAUUUUGAAAAUAUUCAAUUAAAAUCGGGUGCAAGUCUUAAAAAUGAAACAAUAAAUAAAAUAAAUUUAAAAAAAUUGUUUUCAAGAUCGAUAAAAAUAAAUGAAAAUACAAAAAUAAAAUUUUUAUAUGGAACCGGUCAAAUAAGUGCAAAUGAAAUUGAAAUAGGAGAAACAUUAAACGGUGCUCAUUUUAGUGAUUCCAUAUUAAGACGAUCAAAUUUUAACUCCUCUCAAUUUUUGUCUGGAGAAUGCCUUUUUGAAAAUGGAUUAGAUAUUGAGGGAUCUCUUAUCGUUGAAGGUUUCGUUUCCGGUUUAAACGUUUCUCAUUUGUGUCAAAUUAAUCCAAAAAAUAAAAUUAAUUUAGUUGUUGGAGGUUCUGUUAAAUUUAAAAAAGAACCAAAAAUUCGUUACUACGUUAACGGUUUUGACGUUAGUGAACUAAGUGAGAACGCGUGGAUGAAAAACGAAAAAACAACAUUAAAAGGAUCAAAUAAUGUAUUUGAAAAUAUUUCUUUCGAAAAUAAAACAAUUUUACACGGAUCGUUAAAUAAUUUAUCUUUAACUAACAUAUCAAAAUAUUAUUUAAGUAAAACAUUAAACAGAGUUAUAUCGCAAGAUUUUUCAUCGGAAAAAAUAAUAAUUAAAAAAUGUUGUAGAGCUCGAAAAGCUUUUGUUAACGGAUACGUUAACGGUAUAGAUUUCAGUAACUGGGCCAACAACGUCCUCCUUCAAAAUGAAAAACAAUCGAUCCAGGGAAAAUUAAAAUUUAAUACUUUCGAAGCAAAAGAAUUAAAUACAAACGGAACCAUAAACAAUAUCGACAUAUUAAAAGAUAUUUUGCGAUAUGACCUCGAUAAUGUAACCGUUGAAGGAGAAAAAACGUUUGAAAAUGUCAGGGUUCUUAAUUUGUCAAUAACUGAAGGGAAAAAAAUUCAAGGGGUUGAUAUUGAUAAAUGGCGAAAAAGUUUAAUGUCUCGUAAUAAUGAUUCUAUCAUCUAUGGAGAUGUUAUUUUAGAUAAAGCGGAAUUUAUCAGUCCCAUCAGAACAACCGGAAAUCAAAUAAUUUCCGGUACAAAAUUUUUUAAACCAAUAUCUGAAUCGAAUGUAACAAUCGGCAUAAAUAAUUUAAAGUUAUUCGGUUUGAUUGACGGCCUGGAUUUCGAUACGUUAAUCAAAUCCCAGGCUUAUACUGAUCGAGAUUUAAUAUUCACCGAACCACAAACUUUUUCAAAAGGAAUAAAUUUUAAAACUUUAGAUAUAAAUGGAUCUCUUCAAAAUGUUAAUAUUUCAUCCAUGUGUCAUAAUUUUUUCAAUCCGGUAAACGUAAACGAAUUCGAAUCCGAAUACGACAGCUUACUGAAUAAAACAAAAACUCUCAUCGAAAUAGUAAAAGGUCGAGCAUUUUUUUUGAGUCAUUUUGAAUUGAUACAAACAUUGAAACCGAAUAUAAAAGCUGUAGUUCCGGCUGUGGAAAAUAAGGGACAUUAUUUAGCCGUUUUUACAUCUAAAACUAUGAAACUCAUGAAUUGGAACGAAUACUCGGAAAAUUUUAUUAACGCCGGAGAAAUUUUAAAUUUAAAAGAAAACGUAACGUUUGUCACAUCGGAAUUUCCCACGAAUGAAUCCCUUCUUUAUAUUGAAGAUUUAAAGUCAACCAAAGUUAUUUAUUCAGAUUUAGUUCAACAAAUCGAUAACAAAUACGAUACAUCCUGCAUAACUUCGUUUCAAUUAAAAUCCCUCAAUAAAUCCUGCAUAUUCAUUGGUCAAAAGAAAAACAGUUCGGUUAUUCUUUGCAAAGGUUUAAUAACACAAGAUUUAAGUACUUACCAAUGGUUGGAGUCUAAAGGUUCAGUUCAGGCCACUGCGCUGACUAUCAAUGAUGAAACGUAUUUGGCGGUUAUAAACAAAGAAAUUGUGGUAGAUAAAAUAGAAAAUAGUUUGGUCAUUUAUCGAUUCGAUUCGAAACUUCAUCACUUUUAUGAAACUCAUACAUUGGCCGAAGUUAAUCCUGUUGCGGUGUCAUCUGUAACAUAUAAAGGAAAUUAUUAUUUGGUAGCCGCAGGAGGACACUUACCAGAAUCCGUUCACAACAGCGUCAUAAGCAUUUUUAAGUUCAAUAAAAAUUAUAAAGUUUUUGUUCGUUUUAAAUCAAUAAGAGUCGAUACUCCGGUGGAUGUUCAUUUUGCAUUGCUUCCAUCGAAAGAACUCGCUUUAUACGUUCUUACUUCUAGUCCGACGAAACCUUUCGUAGUUUUUCUUCACAGAGGAGUUGCGGGAUUCGUUGAAGAAACUUCUGGACUUUCACUAUAUCCCGGUUCUCAUUUGUAUUCGUUUACAGAUUCUAAAAAUCGGCAUUUUGUUAUAAUUAACGGUCUCGAAAGAGGACAAAUAUUAAAAGCAGGUUUCAAAGGUGACAAAACACCAGCGUAG